AGGGUGAUAAUUCUCAGUUUGCCUCCGAGUGUCUUAUUAACCACCUAGGGAAACAUGAAGUGUCUCGGAGUGAUUGUGCUAUUCGCUUUAGUAUCUAGUCUUUCUGGUAAUGAGGAUGUGGAUCCCAUUGUGAAGACUCCCCUGGGGAAACUCAAGGGUUACUACAAAGCCUCCUUCAAGGGCAGACAAUUUCGGGCUUUCGAAGGAAUUCCUUACGCAAAACCGCCGGUUGGAAAACUACGUUUCGAACCUCCAGAGGCAUUUGGCAGUUGGCAGGGGACUUUACUGACAAUGCGCCGUGAAUCCCCGUGUCUCCAAUAUGCUCAUGUACCUAUGAACCCACCGGAGAGAGUCGAGGGUGCUGAGGAUUGCCUCUAUCUUAAUGUCUACAGUCCAACCAGAGAAGAUUCAACGGAACUCCUUCCGGUGAUUUUUUACAUUCACGGAGGGGCGUUUCAAUUUGGUGAAGGCAGCAGCAAUCGUCCAGAUUACCUCAUGGACCGGGAUUUAGUGAUGGUUACUACUAACUACCGUUUAGGACCACUUGGUUUCCUCAGUACCGGGGAUAAAGUUGUACCUGGCAACAUGGGUCUGAAGGAUCAAAAUAUGGCGCUACGAUGGGUCUCUGAGAAUAUCAAAUACUUCGGUGGUAAUCCGAAGAAGAUUACGUUGGCUGGCUUGAGCGCCGGUGGUGCAAGUGUUCAUUAUCAUUACCUGAGUCCCCUGAGUCGCGGCCUCUUCCACGCCGGAAUGUCGUUCAGCGGAACCGCCCUCGAUUGUUGGACACAGACGGAACGUUCCGUGGAAAAGGGUAAGAAACUUGCGGAUAUUCUGGGAUGUCCAACAAGAGAUAAUGAGGAGAUGGUCAAUUGUUUGAGGAGCAGACCAGCAAAGAGUAUUGUUCAGUUAGUGGGAAAUUUUAUGCCCUGGCUAUUCAAUCCUUACACACCGUUUGGCCCAGUUGUUGAGAAAAAAUCAAGCAACUCUUUCAUCCAUCGAUCACCAAUUGAUAUCAUUACGAGUGGCGAAGCCGCUGAUGUUCCAUGGUUGACAACUGUCACCUCCGAGGAAGGACUUUAUCCAGCAGCAGAAUUCGUGGCUAAACCAGAAUACAUGGAGGACUUGGAUCAGAAUUGGGAUCUUCUUGCACCCUAUCUGUUGGACUACAACUUUACUAUUCCCAAAUCAGAACAUGCGAGUGUUGCUCAGAAGAUCAGACAACAUUAUUUGGAUGGCAAGGAGAUUAAGAGAGAGACUGCCCAGCCGCUUAUCCAUAUGAUGGGUGAUAGACUGUUCGUUGUGGAUGGAGAGAAAGCUGCCAGGGAAAUGAGUAGAGCCCAUCGCAGUCCAGUCUGGUUCUAUCUCUACACUUAUCGAGGAGAGUUCAGUCUCAGUGAUGAUUACAUUCCUACAAAGGACGAUUUUGGCGUCUCACACGGUGAUGACGUUUUCACCGUAAUUCGCCGGGAUCAUGAGCCCUGGGUAACCGGCAAAUCUCUCGGUGUGCAGAACACUUUACUAGAUAUUUGGACAUCAUUCGCCAGCAAUGGAUCACCCAGAAUCGGCGUCAAGUGGCCACAAUUGAAUCCAUCUGACAAGUCCCUAAAGUAUCUCCACAUCUCUGGCCCCGAGAAACCGCAAAUCGAGGAGAAUUCGAACCUCGGGGAUAAGAAAUUCUGGGAAUCCAUUGAUUUUGAUGAGAACAUACCCACCGAUGGAUUUGGUAAAUCCCGAGAUGAAUUCUAACGCCAAUGCCAAUGACAAUAUUGAUCAGCUUGUAAUCCCAAAGAUGAAUAAUUCGUCAAGCAUGUCAAGAUAUGAAAAAAGCUAAUAUCUUUGAGUAAUUCAUUUAUAUGUAAUAGCAUGUUAUUUUGUUUAUGGACAGCAAUUUGUCGCGGUAACAUUCCGACUUAUGUAUUUUUUGUGGUUCAAAUGCACCUCGAUUAUUCAAUUACUGAAAAUAAACCGUUAACGAGCCAUUAAUUGUGAAAUGCCAUUCAGGAGAUUACGGAGAUUGUUGAACUCCACUCAACCGGACCAAACAGGUGGUCCACCUCCGGAAUUUGAUGGAUGAUGACGAACUUUGAAUAGAAGAGCGGUGAAAAAAUGGAUCUGUAAUUUUAUCUAUUCUAUAAAUAAAAAAAUAAUCUUUAAA